AUGGCGCUUCGCAACCCUCAACAUGUGUUUCCCAAGACAUCAUCAGAUGAGCAAUUAACCACGCACUCCGGGUCGAGUUCGUCGAGCACCGCUUCUGCAGAUAGAGAAGUCGUGCAUCUGACGCCGGAUUUUGAUUCGGAUGAGGGGGCAGAUGAUAGUGAUGAUUCGGAUUCGGAGUUGGAUAUGGAUAUGGGGAUGGGGAUGAGGGGUGGAGAGCGUGCACAGAAUGAUAGUUAUAAGAUGCAGAGAUGGCAGCCGGUAGAUCGGGAAAAGGGAAAGUUUAAAGAAGUGAAGAAGGCGGAUUUGGACCUGGAUUUGGAUCUGAAUAAUGAUAUGGAUUCUGAUGACGAUGUUUAUCGCGAUGAGACUAGUCGGAGGAGGGGUAGUUUCUCGACAGUACAAUCAUAUCAGUUAUAUACGCCAGAUGAAGAACGAACCGUGGUGAGGAAAUUCGAUAGGAAAUUGGUGGUGUUUGUUGCGUUGCUAUAUAUGUUGAGUUUUUUGGACAGAUCAAAUAUCGGGAAUGCGAAAAUAGCAGGUCUAGAACGAGAUUUACAUUUAGAUUCGAAUAAAUAUGAAUGGGUUAUCACGGCAUUUUAUAUCGCAUAUAUCUGUUUCGAGUGGAUGAGUAUAUUAUGGAAGAUCAUACCGGCGCAUAUUUAUAUCACGGUUAUUGUCCUCUCAUGGGGAAUCAUCGCGUCGUUACAAUCUAUCACGACAUCGUUCGCAGGACUGCUUGUUCUUCGAACAUUAUUGGGAAUCGGAGAAGCUGGAUUCACAGGAAUACCAUUCUACCUAUCUUUUUUCUUCAAGCGAGAAGAAUUAGCUUUUCGGACGGGAAUCUUCUUGAGUGCUGCUCCCCUCGCAACUUCCUUUGCAAGUUCCUUGGCAUGGGGAAUUGUGAAACUGGGAGAACGUUCCCCGAUUGCACCAUGGCGACUUUUAUUUCUCGUGGAAGGAUUCCCUAGCGUUCUUGUGGCGCUAUUCGCAUGGCAUCAUAUUCCCGAUAGUCCCAAUACGGCUUCUUACCUUACUACUCGCGAGAAGAAAAUUGCGCGUCUGCGUCUUCGUCAUGAAGUUACUUCUUCCCCCAGUGCCAAAACUAAACCAUCAUCCGGUCUCAAAAUCAAAGAAGUACUUCUUACUUUCCGCGACCCGAAAGUUUACCUCACAGCCCUCAUGUUUUUCUUCUCAAACAUGGCAUUCAGCAGUAUGCCCAUCUUCCUCCCUACCAUCCUAACGCACAUGGGGCAUUCCCCCUCGACCUCUCAAGCCCUCUCCGCACCCCCCUAUCUCCUCUCCUUCCUCUCCGUCCUCCUCACCUCCUACCUCUCGGAUAAACUCCGCUCUCGCUCUCCCUUCCUCAUCUUCCACGCUCUGCUCUCUUCCCUCGGCUACACCCUCCUCACUCUCCCUCCCCACUACCUCUCCCCUACUCUCCGCUACUUCGCCAUCUAUCCCGCUUGCAUGGGAUUUUUCUCCGUCAUCACGAUUCUCAUCACUUGGACCCUGAAUAAUCAACCCUCGGCUUCGAGACAGGGAACGGGAUUCGCAAUCAUGCAGAUGGUGGGGCAGUGUGGGCCGCUGGUCGGCACGAGAUUGUAUCCGGAAACGCAAGCGCCCUUUUAUAGAGAGGGUAUGGGAGUGUGUGCGGGGGUUAUGUUGAUAGUGGCGGGGUUGGGGCUGGGGUUGAGAUGGUGGUUGGGGAGGGUGAAUGCCAGUAUUGGGGGGAGGUAUGGGAGGUUGAGUGGAGGCGAGGGGGAGAGGGAGGACGAUGAAGAGGAGAGGGGUUUGGUGGCGAAUGAAAAUGGGAAGGUGAAGACAAGGGGAAGGGGGAGGGAAGGGAAAACGGCGUUUUUGUAUAUGUUGUGA